AAAGAGAAACUAAUAAAAGGGGUAAAGUUGUAAUCGCGAACCCAGUUUUUUCCGUUUGCCAUCAGAAAUCAGAAUUCUCAAUUCGUCGCCGACCUCCUUAGGGUUUUGACGAAAUCGGAAAGAUGUACGACGUCAUGUUGGAUGAGGCGAAGAUGUGGCUCGACGAACCUCCGCGGCGUAAGCGGAAGCUGGAAGCUCCGCCUCCUGCACCGAUAGUUAGCUAUAACCCUGAACCAUAUUCAGAUUCUGACGAGGACGAGAUCGAUCCGGUGGAGAGGGAGAAGUAUCGAAUACAGCUUGUCGAGUCUGGGGGAUUCGAUAUCGACCAUGACUCUUUUCCAUUUUCAAAUUUUUAUCCCAUAUGGAUCUACUCCUACAACCAUACUCUUCAGCAAGGUGGGACUCCAUUGCUACAACUUUGAUAAGGGAACGAACUUACAAUCCAUCACUGUAAAGCAAGCCAACGCAGAUUUCCAUUCAAUUGUUGCGUACUACAUAACUUUGGAGGCAAUGGAUCCGUUCAGUGAUUCACUUGUUACUUUCCAAACCUCUGUCUGGGAUGCUUUUACGAGUAACAAGGAGAAGUUGAGAUUGAUCACAGAAGUGUGCAGAAUCAAAGGAACUGAAGAAGAAACUCGCCUAUGGGACGAAGAUGCUGUAGAUGAGUUUUAUAAAGAUGAUAUGUCUCAGUGGUUAGAGGGAGAUGCGCUUACAGGAACUGAUAAGCUACAAUACUAUGAGUUGAAGGAAUCGGAUCUGCUUGACAACGAGUGGCUUUAUCUAUAUGCCCAAGUUGCAUUGUUCUCUGAGCGGAGCGCUUAUUUGCCGGUGGAGAUGACUAAAGUAGUGGUACGAACAAGGGAAGAUGUGGAGUCGAGUAUGAAGCUCAAGUCAAAGGAUGCAACUUUCUACAUGAGUUUCAAGCAGGCCCGUGGGGGUCCCGAGUGCAGAGGCAUAAUAAGGCGGACGUGGGAUGGAAGACAACAACACAUGUGCCUUCAAGCUAAAUGUUGGAUCGACAAGUAGAGAGAGAGAGAGAGAGAUGUGGUCUUUUUAUGUAUUUAAUUCGUGAACGAGCCUAAACGGGCUCCUUGACAAGGAGUCAUUGUUAUGUAUAAGACCCGUUUAAGCCCGCAAAUCCGAGGCCUUAAUCUUUUCAAGUUUUGGGGGCAAAGUCUUUCUAUCAGAAUGCAAAAGGGAUGUUUUAUCAUGUUCCACGGUAAUGAUUUUAGUUCUUAUCAUCAAUGAUCAUAAAUAAAUACAAAGUCAUACUCUGAUAACCGGUUAAGAAACAACAGUGAACCCUAUGAUGGGAAUAUGGCAAAGGCUGUGCAAGGUCACAGGAGAUUUGAAGGGUUUAAGAAGACUAUCAAUCCAGACAGGUUAAAUUUUGUUAGACUGAUAGAUCGUUUUGACGAAGGAGUGAUGUCUUGGGACGAGUUUUCUUCAGAGGUGAAGAGAUUACACAGAGACAGGAUCGGUGCGCCUUAUGAUAGACUCUCCGGUGAGUUCCCUCGGCUCGAGGAGAAUUUCUACGCGAACCCACAACCAGAUUGCAUCUGUGACAAGUCUCACCCUGAGCAACAAUGGAAACCAAAUCUGAGAAGAGAGUCUAAUAGAUGGAAAGAGAGUGCUUCAAGCUAAGAAAGAAGAACACAAAACACUGAACAGAGAGAGACAUUCAAACACUUUUUGUAGCCUUCUUGUACAAUAUAGGAAAGAAGAAGAACGAUUUCUUGGAAGAUUCGUCACACAUACACACACACACACAAAUCUUGUAGAAUCGAAUUCACUAUACAUCAUGAGUAUCAAUGAUAUAGCCAUUUUUUUGUUUUCUGUUGCGUCUCUUUCAGAGCAGCUGAUUAGAAUAUGAUUGAUCCUUGUCAAGCAGCAUGAUUUGUGUUAAUAUUUUUGGUCCCAUCAUUAGUAUUUCAUCACAUAAUUGUUAUUAGUGAUCUCAUAAAUUUAUUGUACAUUGGAG